AUGCAGCCAGCUGAGACGUGGUCUGUGUUUGAAGCUGCCCAGAAUGCAACUUUAAUGGAUGGACUUUGCCUUGUCACUGAGUCAUCAAAGGAUAUGACCCCUGUGGCAGUUUUCGUGACUAAUGGACCAGAUCGAUCUUAUGGUGUCUUGGAGGUGUCAGGCCGGAUGUAUUGCUCUGCCUGCCUGAAAGCCUUUGACAGUCGAGAGGAACAGACCGAGCAUUAUCGCCUUGACUGGCAUCGCUUCAACCUGAAGCAGCGACUGCUGGGCCGCUGGAUGCUCACUGCGGAAGAAUUUGAGGCAAAGACUCAAGCAGGUGAUGUCUCCAGCAUCUCCGGUUCUGAUUCCAGUGAUCCUGACUCAGGUAGUGAGUCUGACCCCUUGUCUUAUUGGGACAGUGAAGGCAGAAGGAGCAGCUGUCCAAGCACCUCACUGUAUCCACGUUCUCAGAGGGUCCUGUUCAGAAAUUCUGAAGGCCAGCUCAUCUCAGUCUAUCGUUGUGUAUUGAACACUAUGAAGGACAAUGUGGAAGAACCUGGCGAACUGGUGGCUUCCCUUCAGAGGCAGAGCCCAGACACCUCCUGGGUUAUCCUGAUGGCUGGUGGGGGACACUUUGCUGGAGCUGUCUUUAAGGGGAAUGAAGUGCUGGUGCACAAGACUUUCCACAGGUACACAGUGCGAGCCCGCCGAGGUACAGCCCAAGGGGUGCGGGAUGCUCAGGGAUCUAUGCCGAAAUCUGCUGGGGCCUCCCUACGGCGCUACAAUGAGGCUGCCUUGCUUAAGGAUAUUCAGGAACUGUUGGCCAGCUGGGUGGGGCACUUACAAGAUGCAGAGCGCAUCUUCCUUCGUGGACCUCGCACCAACCGAGCCCGCUUCUUUGGCAGUAGAAACAGCCCUCUUCAGCAAAAUGAUCCCCGGAUCCGAGGCAUUCCUUUCAGCACCCGGAGGGCUACCUUCCAUGAGGUGCAGCGGGUGCAUAGAACUCUGAGCGGUCUGCAAGUGUAUGGAAAGGGCACAGCGGUGGCAGAUCUGAUUGGCUCUCCACGCAGAACCUGGAGAAAAAUAGCUGAUCAGUCUGAAGCAUCUCUGCAGCAUCAUGGUGAGUUGGGAGGGGCGUUGCCCUCCUCCCCCUCAACGUCAGAAGAGGAUGGGGAAGAAAGUCCGUUAUCUCAGUUGGAGUCUGUGGAGGUCAUUCUGAGUACACUGGACCUGCGUGAAUUUGAAGUGGCACCAAAACGGCAUCGGAAGAAGAGAAGGAAGAAACCAAAAGCCCUGACAGGCACCUGUGAUCCUUCAAGAGGUGCUGAAGAAUCUGAGACCAUGUCAUUGAACAGAGAAGAGUCAACUGAAGCCCAGAAAUGGCUGGAACCUCAGGGAGCUUCCAGCACACCAGUGGAGGAUCUCUUGUUCACAGCCUGCAAGACAGGAGACCUGAAAACACUGCAGCACCUUUUGGGGAUGGCUGAUGGGGCAGCCCGGGAGGGAGAAGAGUGUAGUAGCAACAACCUGUGCCAUUUGCUCAAUACAUCCCUGGAUGAGAGUGGCUGGACCCUUUUACAUGUGGCGGCAGCAGCAGGGAGGAGUGCUUUGGUGCGCUUGCUGUUACAGGCUGGGGCUGACCCUGCUGUCAGGGACAAGCAAGAACGGCCGCCAUACUGUGUGUCUGCUGACAAGCAAACUCGUAAUGAGUUCCGAAGAUUCAUGGGUGAACAACCUGAGAAGUAUGAUUACAUCCAAGCCCAGGUGCCUGCACCACUGACAGCUCAAAUGGAAGCCAAGCAGGCAGAGCGCCACCGAGCACACAAGGCCCAACGGAAACAGCGUGAGAAAGAAGAACGAGAGUCACAGCAGCUGCUGAAACAAGAAGAGGAUGAAAAAAGGCGCUUUGCCCUGUUGAAUGACUGUGAAAAGCGAGCUUUGAUGGCGGAGAGGAGAUUUGCUGCCCAGUUCAAAGACUCCACUGCAACUUUGACUAAUAUCAGACGCUGCUGGCUGUGUGGUGAGUCGCUGCUGGGCCGCAUUCCUUUCCAUUACCUGGACUUCUCCUUCUGCUCAACGCACUGUCUGCAGGCACAUCGGCGAGGCAAGACUGGCCAGUCUUAGCUCAAGC